AUGCCGGCGGACAAGCGAACGUACCUCGACGGUCACGCUCCAGUCGUUCAUGAAGACGCAGACAACCGUAUUAGAUGUUCUUCUAGCCACAGAGACGCAGAAAACUGCGCAGUUACAAGGAAAUAUGCAAAGAAGAGUGGUGAAACCGCAAGAUUAAAAAAAAACAAAGCAGUUGUGGCACGCAAUCUUUAUUGCUAUGGAUGA